UUCAAGAUUUUCUUCCUUUCUUUCUUUCACCUGAAAAAGAAGAUGGCAGAUGAUUUGAUGUUUUCCGCAGACGAAUUACGAGUCGAUGAAGGGCUCGGAUACCCAAAAGCUUAUGCUAAGAUCUGUCGUGAUCGAGGGUUUGGUCCUUACUCGAACGGCCCGCCUUUUACUUUCACUCCUUACGCUCUUCAAACGCAUCAGGCUACGAGAGCUAACGAGCUAGACCAGAUGUUUCCAGUUAUAGAUCUCAAAGCAAAACCUUCUGCAAGACCCGCGAUUUUUGUGAGCCUAUUAUGGAAGCAACUCAACCAUCUUGGGAAUGCUGGAUUUGAUCCAGAGGCGUUCAGAGUAGACCCGUAUGGCAAUGUUCUGUAUUUCCAUGCUGAUUCUGCUUCUCCUCUUGCUUGGGAUAUUGACCACUGGUUUCCUUGCUCAAGGGGAGGAUUGACUGUUUCAAGCAAUCUACGGUUGUUACAAUGGCAAGUGUGCAAGAAAAAGCAUAAUAAGCUCGAGUUUUUGGUUCCAUGGUGGGAUCUUCAAGUGGGCAUAUCGGUUAACCAGUUCUUGUCUAUCUUUGCUUCUUCAAAUUCGGAUUUCAGGCAUAGGGGAUUCUAUUUGUUGUUUAGCAAUGGUGAGAGUGAAGAACUUAACGCAUCUCAAACAGUUGAUUCACAUUGUUUUCCGCAACCUUUCAAUGAGUCGAAAAAGAUAUCUGGCCUUGCUCCAGCUGCCAUUGUUGUAUCUAGAAAGGAAUAUAAUGAAGCUAUGUUAGCUUUGCAGUCCAUUGAUAUCAACAGAAGACACACUACAAAUUCGCCUAUAGCUGCAAAAAAAUCAAGAAAUAUUUCCAAAGAAAAUGAAAUUCCAGACAUGGUUACGAACCCAUAUCAAGCCAUUGUCAUUGCUAGGGACUCGCAGAGACAGAGAGACGAAGCUGCAAAGAAACAAGCAGAGAUCGAGAAAUAUGAUGAAGAAGUGACGGAACUAAAACAAAAGAAUGAAGAAGAAAGAACUUCAAUCCAAGACUUGGAAUUGCUGUUAAUUAAAAAACGACGACGUGCAGAAAAAUGCAGGCGUUUAGCUGAAGCACAAUCAUCGUAUAAAGGAAUGCUAGAGAAGAUGAUAAGAGACGCUAUGCACCAAAGUGUCGUUUAUAAAGAACAAGCUAGGUUAAAUCAAGCAGCUAGUAACUCACUCAUGGCAAGACUAGAAGCUCAAAAGGCAAUGUGUGACUCAUCAGAAAGAGAACUCCACAAGAAGUUUAAGCUUAGAGAUGAACUCGAGAAUCAAAUCAGACCUGAAUGGGAUCAAACAAGAAAAAGAUCACGAAUGGAUGAUAUCUUAUGUGACAGAAACGAUGAUCAAAUGAUCGUUUAUGAACAGCCCGAAAGCAAACCAGAUGGAAAAGAAACUGUCAAGCAAGAAAAAGACGAAAAGCCUGUUUACUUGCCAAGUGUCAACUCUGAACACAAGCAACUAAGGGUGUUUUUGGAAGAGGAGCAUAAAGCUUCUGAAGCAGAAAUUGAGGAUGGUGAUGAGAUUGAAAAAGAGCAUAAAGUGGAUAAUGCAAGUGACAUUGAAAACGGCAAUAAGCUUCACCAACUUAAAAUAGAAGAAAAAGGAAUUGCAUACGACAUCAGAUUUCCAGUCGAUGAUGAGUUAGAAGAAGAAAACGAGGAUGAAGAGAGCAGAAAGCAACGUGGAAAAGGUAACGUUGAAAAAUGGCUUCAAAUACUAUUGGAGGAAGAAGGUGAUGACCAAAACACUCAAGUUGGCGAUCUUGAUACAAAAAAGACUGAUGAAAUCAUUAAAAAGAUGAACCUAAAGUAUCCCCAGAAAGAAAUAAUGAAAGGUGAAGUAUCCAAAGUCGAUGAGGUUGAAGAAGCUACAAAAACGAUAUUUAAGAACCCUCCGUACAAGAUAAUUCCAAGAAGAAGCAGUGUUAGCCAAUUGGACCAUGACAGAACAAAAAAGAUGGAUCAAAAGUAUCCCCGGAAAGAAAUCUCGAGAAAUGAGGUACCUGAAAUUAUUGAGGAGGAAGAAGCCACAAAAACUGCCCCAAGGAACCCAUCGCCUUACAAGAUGUUUUCGAGAAAAAGUAAUGUCAGUGAAUUGGAUAACACGUCAACAAAAAUUAGUAGAAGGAAGAGUUUUGAAGUAAAGGAAAGAAGUGAAAAGAUUGGGAAAUUUAAGGAUGUUGCAAGAAGUGAAAGUGCUCGGGUUUUGAGACGGAUUCCAUCUUCACCAUCUAUUAUUUUGGGGAUGAAAAAGGGGGUCGAUUGCAUUCGAAGAAAGCCAGCAGUUAUCAGUGAUGAUGAAGAAAACCAAGGAGGAAACGAUAAUUUCAUCAAGUCUUCCUUCAAGGUAAUCAAGAAGGCAGUAAAGAUAUAAAUUUGCAACUGUUAGUUGCAGUCUAGUGUGUAUGUGCAUGGAUUCUUUUUAGGCUGAAUAAAGGUGUGAAAACUAGUGAGUGUCUGCAUUUGUGUUUGAUUGAUUGGUUUGUGCUAUGCUUGGUUCUGCCAAGUAUAGAGAUGUAAUAACGGUUUCCUGUUCUACUCAUGUUGUGCAUAUAAAUUGAACAAAAUUAUAUCGAGUAUUCUUUUUCAGAUUCCAUGAUUUUACAA